UUUAUGGUGUUCUUGGGUCGAUCCCCAACAGAGCGCCUUUCAGCUACUACGCGAUGGAACUGGACAGAAAUAGGAUCGAGCGGCUGCCACAGUCAGUGAAAACGCUGGUGGUUGCGGAGGACCAAAUCUCUGAACGAGAAGAGCAUUGUCUUGAUUCAGACUGGCAGUUUUUGAAGCGGCGGCUCAUAGCAACGAUCGAUGGUCACGGGAGAAUUUCAUGUCCAAAUUCAUGGCUGCAGGAACUUGGAGCCGACUGCAAGGGGUGCUUUGCACGGAAGGAGCUCGAGGUCAGGAGGAUCAUCGUCCAGGAGGAGCGCGCUCUACUUUCUGUAAGUCCGACACAACACGGACGUGGUCUAACAAGGGCCUGACGCAGCUGCUUGCUUCGAGCUUUGUUCUAGCUUAUUCAAUCAGCUAAGAAAUCUAGCUUUGGAUAA